AUGACUAUGACUAUUCAGAAACUUGUUGUAUUUGGUGGGAAUGGAUUCUUAGGGAAAAGAAUCUGUCAACAAGCAGUUCUUAAGGGAAUGCAGGUUACCGGGAUAUCCAGGUCUGGCAAGCCACCAGUUCCAUUGACAAACAGUGAUAAACAUUGGAUAAACGAAGUAUCAUGGAAAUCUGCAGAUAUUUUUAACCCAGAUUCUUAUGGUCUUUAUCUGAAAGAUAGGCCUAACGUUGUUAAUACUAUUGGAAUCUUAUUAGAAAAUGAAAACUACAAAAAAGAAUUGAAAAACGGUUUCUCGUUACCUAGCUUAUUUAAGAGAGCUCCCAAUCCAUUAUUAUACCCAAGAAAUUCAGAACUACGUUUAAAAUCAAAUACCAAUUUUACUUAUGAAAGAAUGAAUACAAAGAGUAUGAUGAUACUAGCAGACACAUUCAAGUUAAUCUUGGAGAAGAAUGAGGUACAAUCGGCCUUAAGACCGUCGUUGACUUAUAUAUCUGCUGAUAAAGGGUUUUUAGUUGUCCCUCAAGAAUAUAUUCACUCAAAGCGUAUCGCAGAGUUAUAUUUAUUAGACAUGACAAAAAAUAUGACAAAUCCAUUCAGACCUAUAAUAAUACGGCCUGGAUUUAUGUUCGACGAACUGAACACUACACAAUUCAAUGAUGUUAGAACAGUACUGCAUGAUGGGUUAGAAGUAUUGAAUUGUGCUAAUAAAUUGAUAUUGCGUAAUCAAUUCCAGAUUGUUAAUGACAUAAUAAGACCAACUAUUUCUACUCAACAAGUAGGGAGAUCACUUGUAGAUAAACUCAAUGACCAAAGGUAUAGUGGCAUAUUAACUCUUGAAGAGAUGCUCGACAGAUAG